UCAGCCACGUGGGAAGUAAUGCUCUGUUGUUGCCGGAAAAAACUUUGUUUUGUUGCGAAGUUUUGUAUAUCCUAGUAGUUACAAAUCUGCUGAAGACUCCAGUGCCAAUAUCUGAGUAAACAUUGUGUUUCUAAGGGUUCCAAUGAUAGCGGCAAAGGUGGCAGUGAGUUCCAGUUUAUGCUGGAGCCACAGCAAAUGUGCAUGGUGUAUGAGUUUGAAAUUCUUCAAGAACUUUGUGGGCUUUUGAUAGGCAGAAAUGGAAGACAUGUAAAUUACAUCAAAGAAGAAACCAACGCUAAUAUUUUAAUUAAACGCCAUCCUUAUUUUAAUGACAAGAAGAUAUGUUCCAUCACAGGCACUGAUGAUGAAAUUCAUGCAGCUUUAAAACUCAUUCGAAAAAGAUUUCCUGUGGAAGUAUAUCCUACUGUCACAUUAUCACAAAUAAAUAGUUUGCCAAUUAAUCUACAGUUACCUGAAACUCUGAAGCUAUGUCUUCCUGAGGGUGUUUCAUUUGAAGCUAUGUUAUGUGCGACUGUGAAUGCAGGACACUUCUUUCUUCAGCAACCAACACAUCCAACAUUUCAUUCAUUGCCCGCCCUUACAGCUCAGAUGACUGCUCUGUACUCUCAGAUAGAGACACCAGCUCUCACACACCUUGCCAAAGGUUAUGUUUGUGCUGCUAAUUUAACAGAUGGCUGGUUUAGAGCUGAAAUUGACCAUGUGUAUGAUAAUGAUGAAUGUAGGCUGAAGUUUUUGGAUUAUGGUGGUUAUACGGUUGUGCCACGAUCUGCUCUUCGUCAGAUUAGGUUUGAUUUUAUGAAUGUGCCAUUCCAAGCGACUGAAUGUUAUCUGGGCAGUAUCACCUUUCCUGAAGGGGAAACAGGAUGGUCUGUUGAAACUACUGCUGUGUUUGAAGAGUUGGCUCAAGGUCAAAUUGUACAAGGUUACAUUGUUGGUUAUGCGGAGAAUAGAGUUCCUUAUGUACACCUGUACAAAAUCACUGGAGCUACAAGCAUCUUCAUCAACAGAGAAUUGGUGUCCAGAAAUCUUGCAAGAUGGAUUGCAAAUCCGCACUAAAUGACGAAGGCGCCUGCAAAAGAAUUCCAUUUUAAAAAGAAUCAUUUGAAGAUAAUUCUCUUCAUAAGUUGUCGUGUGUUUAAUUAUGCAAAAAGCUUUUGAAACUGAUCUAUAUAAAUCAACUAGGAGUUGAGUUUUAAUUUGGCCUUGUUCGGAUUUCUUUUGUAGACGUUGAAUUUGUUAUUGCAUGCAACAUGUGCCAAUGUCGGCAUUUUUUCUCUGUAAUUAUUGAUCGUUUUUUUUAAUGUCGACAGUCUUUCGGCAUCAUAGUUUUAGAGAAAUCAUUUGUUUCAUUUCAGCAAAAAAAGAGAAAAUACAAAGCAGUUUUUUAAAACAUACCAAAUUAAAAUGGUCCAAAAAAAAUGAAGUUAAAUGCUAUAUAGUUCAAUGUGAUGUUAAACCUGUAUAAAGUUUUAAUCAAAACUGGCUAAUGAAGCAAUUAAUUUUUACCUUACAAAGAUUCGAUUGAAGAAAAGGCGGGACAGGCUCUUUUUUCAUUCACGACAUUAACAUGUACUUAACCAUUUGACGGGAAAACUUCUGAUUUUAAUCUUUAUCAUGUCAUUGAAACAUAUUGAUGAAUUAUGUAACCCAUUGACAUAACAAAAAUCGGUUAUUUUAUCAAACACAGAAUGCAUGGUUUCGAAAAAAAUAAAAUACUUCGUUGAAUUGUAUAUAUUGUUUUGUAUAUUAUUUUGUACUUUUUAUACUAGCACUGUGGUCUGCUGCUCAAUCUUUUAUUUUCCAUAUACAUAAGAAAUUAACAAGUCAAUGGUGAUAUUGUAUAUUCUCUUCUGCCAUAGUUGUUCUGCAUUUCUGCUUGUAUUUGGUAUAUUUUGUUAAUAGAUAUUAGCUUUUCUACACUGUUAAUCUUUUAUUUAUAACCUUAUACUUCACUCCAUUGUACUUGUAAGAUGACUUCGAUAUUAUAAUACCUCAAUUCUUGUAAAAUGUUGAUUGUUUGAGACAUGUUGAAAAUAGAUUUUUACAAAUAUAUUUGAAUCAUAGAUCUUUAUUUUGUCGAUAUAUAUUUAUUAAUUUUAUUGACUGUUGGGAUUUUCAAAAGGUAUGAAAUGUUUAUGCAAAGACAUCGAUAUUGGAUCGAUAUAGUCAUAUUUUGUAGCAAAUAAUGGUUAAUGUAUCUGCAUGUAUAAAUCUUCCAGUUUCAUAGCUAUGCAAAUCUUACGUUUGUACCAAGAAAUUGCAUAUAUAUUGGUAAAGUAAUAGGUGCUAAAUUAACUUGCAUAUUUUUCUGUAUAUGUGUCAUGUAAAAAGUGUAUUAAUGGCAAACAAUUUGUCGAGCUAUUAUAAGAGAUAAUGCAUUUUACAUAAAGCCCCCUUUUAGUGCAGUUACUGGUAGUAUAUUUUGAGCUUCCGAGAAUUUUGAGACACUUUUUUUGAGUUUGCGACAUACUCUGCAUUUUUUAAAAUUUGUAUUAAAUUUGAGGCUUUUCCUCUUUCUAUGCAAUUUUGGUGUUGAUUCCAAAGUAGUUUCCAGAAUUUUUAAAGCUUUUAUGCUGUUUUGUGAUAUGUAUUGAAAAAAAAAAUGUAUGAAUUGUUUUUCUUGAAAAAAAAAAAAAAGAUUUAAAAACACUUUUUAUCUUGCAUGCAUAUUAUUAGUAUUAGUGUUGACAGUGUUUUGUGGAUCCUUGUUUUUUGCAUGUUUGUUACAGUGCAUAUGACUUCUGAUUGUAAGGGUAAAUUUAUUUUGUAUGGUAGCUGUGACACAUUUGAUAACUUAGGCAGUUACACUGUAAAUACAAACUGACCAUUAUAUAUAUGUUAGAGGGUUUGGUUGUUUUAUGUUCGAUUGUUUUGGUUGCAUUUUAAUUUGUAUCUGGAAAUUUUGAAGUUAAUAAAAGUUUAUUUCACAAUCA